CUUUAUUUUAAGUUUUAGUGUUUAGUCGUACCUCGUGCGUGCUUUGUUUGUUCGGUAGGUGCUCGUGUCGUCUUGCUGGGAUGAUUGCUGAAUUUUAAGUUUCAAAAGCAAGCGAUGUCAGUGUUAGCAUUCAAAAAUACAUCGAAAAUCAUAGUUUUUUAUUGAUAUUAAAAACGGUUUUUCAAAUCAAAAUGUCGAUUCGAAGUUGUUUGUUGUGCACCAAGUAUUCAGUCUUCUUUCUCAAUUUCAUGAUAUGGAUGUCUGGUCUCAUAAUUUUAGGUCUGGCCAUUUAUUUGCGAAUGGAUCCAACAUUCAACAAUAUAGCAAUGGUUGGCUACACCCAUCAUAAUGCUACUUUUCAUAUCUUCUGCUACUUCCUUGUCUUCUUUGGUAGUAUUGUAACAUUUCUAGGGUUCCUCGGAUGUUGCAGCUCCUACCAGGAAUCAUUUUCCAUGCUGGGUCUUUUCGUCAGUGUCCUCAUUCUCUUCCUGAUUGCAGAGGUGGGCAUGGCGUCUUGGUUGAUCAUGCAGAGGAAUGGUAUGAAGACGUCAGUCAGUGAGACCAUGCAGAAGUACAUCACUGAUCAUUAUGGAGAUGACAUCUUCACUGACGACCCCAUCGACCAUUUACAAGAUUCUUUCAGAUGUUGUGGUAGCAUUGGACCAGCCGACUACCAAUCAUCCAGGUGGCUGAACAACACUUCACAUCAUGUACACAACAAACACGAACAUCAUCGGCAACAUCAGCACUCCAAACAUCGGAGCAUUCUUCCUCACUCACUUCAGCACCAUGUCCAACCACCAUCAGUCGAUCAAUAUACUCGACACGAACACCAUCAUCACCAUCAACAGCAACAACAACAUUUCGUCCCGAUAUCUUGUUGUGGGCUCUACAACUUAAGGAAGAAGGUCACUCAGACCUGUUUGGUGGCCACUACUGCUGCUUCUGAAGUUGUCAACAAAAAUGAAAAUGCUGCUGAUAACGUAAAGGAUGGUUUCAGUGGCAACAAUGCUGAUAACAUCAUCAGCAGCAGCAUCAACAAUAAUAACAGUAGUGAUAAGUUCAGUCACAAGUUGGGUAAAGAAGAAAAUAAAACUAAAAUAAAUAACAGAAUCAAAAGUAACAACAGUGUUGUUCAAGCACACAAAAAGGGUUGCAGUGAGGGCAUAACAUCCUUUGUUGACAGGACGAUUGAAGCAUCGUGCAUUGUGGCACUUGUGAUCACUGGUCCUGACCUUGGUGAUGUCUCUGUGUCUUUGUUGCAGUCUCCGGAGGCAGUCGGCCGGAGGAUACAAAUCUUAAAAUCAUUUCCUUCCACAAGAUUUUCAUCAUUGAUUUAUUAGCACUAUUGUAGUCAGUAACAUCAUCUCAUUGAUCUUGUAUUUAUUGACAAGAUCAGCAGUUUAUUAUCAUCACUGUUAAUAUGAUCAACGUCACUAUGCAUCAUCAUCACCGUCACUAUCAUCAUCUUCGUCACCAUCACUAUCCAUCAUCAUCUUCACCAUCGCUGCUCUCGUGUCAUCAAUACUAUCUCGAUAAAUUUGUAUUAAGUAAAAAUGAAGCUUCAUAAUGAAAGAUAAUCAAUGUUACAAAAAUUAAAUUAACAUUUAUAUCAUCCUUAUCAAAUGUGUCGUCACCAUAUAUUAUAUCAUUAUUAAAGUUAAUAUCAUUAUUAAAUUAUUAAAUGGAUAUCAUCAUUAUGACACAUGAUAUCGUCAUUAUCAGCGAAAUCUGAACUGUCUAUGCAGUUGAAAGAUAAAUAGAGUUAGAUGAUAUCUUGAGGUAGGAAUGUGGUACUUUUUUUUUAUAAUGUUUUUGUACUUUCCGUCAUUUCGCAUUAUCUCAGUAAGUUGUUUGUCGUUCAUUCAACUUCUUCUAAUCCUUUUUAAUUUUCAUAUAAUUUUACGUCAGGUCAUUUCCAUGAAGUUUAGUUGUCUUUUUUUGCAAUUAAUAAUUAUAUUUAGCGUUGCUCUCUUUAUUUCUAGUAACCUUACAAACAUGUAAACAUCAUUAAUUUUUCUUCAGCUAUUUGUGACAUUAUUAUUUUAGAAUUUGUCUGUCAAAGUUGUUACUUAUAUUUAAAUAUAUUAUAUACAUAUAAUAUA